AACUGCGUCUCCUGGUUCAUUCCGUCGAGAUGUAGAAGCAGUGUUGUGCCUACUGUUUUUGAGUGACUCGAUGAACGUUAGCGGCGUGAAAUAUCUCUGGUGCGUGAUAUCGUCUUGUGUGACGGCUUUGUGACACUCGGACGAGCGCCACCGCCGCCUGAAUAGCUCAACAGCCCGAGGCCGAUCGCAAACCUGGUCUGUGCGAAAAUGCCCCAAUCGUUGGAUCAGUAUUUAUCUUCUCUGCUCGCAAAGUACCAUUAUCCUGACCAGGCCAAGAAGGACAUCACCAAUGUGCUCCAGCACUAUCGGAACCUCUCGCCAACUACCUCACAGUUUGUGUUCAACGACGGCAUGAAAAAGGAGCUCUUCUGCCUGGACGGCACCAUCCCAGUGAACUACAAAGGCACGACGUACAACAUCCCAGUGUGCAUCUGGCUGUUGGACACGCACCCGUACAACUCGCCCAUGUGCUAUGUGAAACCCACCAGCUACAUGCAGAUCAAGGUGUCCCGGCACGUGGACCAGACAGGUCGUGUCUUCCUGCCCUACCUGCACGAGUGGAGCCCGAGCUCGUCUGACCUGCUGGGCCUGAUCCAGGUGAUGAUCAUCACAUUUGGGGAGACACCACCGGUCUUUUCGAAACCGCAGGAGGACGGCUCACCUGCUUACCCUGGAGCCAGGAACACCGGUGCAGCAGGAGGCUUCUUCCGUCCCGCAGCGGGGGUGAUGCCACCAGCCAUGGGGGGCCAGCCUCCAUAUCCGACGGCUGCAACGGCCAUGCCACCAUAUCCGCCAGGGGGAGCCACGGGCAUGCCCACACCGUGGACACCGUAUCCUGCGGCCAGUGGCACUGCGUCAGCCUCGGCCAACCCCGGGAGUGGAGGAGGCAUGCCCCCGUACCCGGUCUUCCCCUCGGUGGCGUCUGCGGCGUACCCGCCAUAUCCGACGUCCGGCCCCACCACGGCCAACACGGGCUACCCUUACCCACCGGCCAGCACUACGAGCACACCAGCCAGUGCAGCGGGUGCCUCCCAGACGGGCACCAUCACCCAGGAGCACAUCCGGGCCUCUCUGCUCACGGCCGUCGAGGAGAAAGUCAAGGCUCGUCUCAAGGAGGCCCUCUCGGGAGCCCAGGCGGAGAUGGACGUCCUAAAACGCACCCACGACGAGCUGACACAGGGAAAGACCAAGCUGGAUGACAUGAUCAGCCGCAUGGACAGGGAACAGGCGGAGCUGGAGGCAAACCUGCAGAACCUGCGUGAGCGCAACGAAGAGCUGAAGGAGCUCAUACGCAAGGUUGAGAAUCAAGGAAGCAUCAACGUUGACGAGGCAGUCGUCACUACCGCGCCGCUCUACAAGCAGCUGGUCAAUGCCUUUGCUGAGGAGAAUGCUACGGAGGAUGCAAUCUACUAUUUGGGCGAGGCACUUCGCAAGGGGGUCAUCGACCUCGAUGUGUUCCUGAAGCAUGUUCGAGAGCUGUCGAGGAAGCAGUUUCUGCUGCGAGCCCUGAUGCAGAAGUGCCGAGAAAAGGCCCAACUCCCAUAGUCAAGAAAUGGCCCGACCAACUCACAGCUUGAAGGCAUCAGAGCCUGGAGCCCCUGCCGCACCAAGAUGUCUGCGGAUGGGACAGCAUCGCAAGCAACGUCAUCAAGCCAGUGUGGACUAUAUAGUUUAUUCAUGCAGAGAGCGCGACAGGAGGAGUCUGGUGCUAGUGGCUGCCAACCACAAUGCUCGCCAUCGUGGAAUUGAUGGGCAGAGCAUGAAUUUCCCUAAACUUCAACCAUGAGGUUUGAAAUGACUUUGUGGUCUCUUGCGUUGCUUCUGAAGCUUCUUUGUUUUUUGUCACAGAUUGGCCAGAUGGCUACAUAUUCUUACUUAACCUGAAGCUCCAUCAGUGUGUGGAUUCGAAAAGACAGUGGACAAAUAUUGUUGUUUGAAAUAUGAGAAAUAAGUGCAUGUUAUGAGUCUCAUUCGCUAAGCCAAAUCAUGGUUUUCCAACUACAUAUAUGAAAGCAUCGCAAGUUCGCUUAGCAUGGGAAUCGUAAUGACACCAAUCAUCAACUUUAAAAACAAUCUUAUUAAAACACUUUGUUGAGUGAGUUGGUUUAUGUCGUGAUAAAAAAAAACCGUAGCACAAAAGGAACAAGGACAACACUAGAAUAGGGCCAGUAGUGGGUCCUCGUGUCAUGUUUGAUAUGUUUUUCUGUCUCAAAACAGUGUUAGCCUAGCACCUUAAGCCACGAAGAACAGUAAAAGAAGUUACAAUACCCUCCACGUGUCCAGACCAAAUCAUUCUACCUAUGGAGGCUUAAUGACUGCAGUGCCAUAUUUCCGUCUGGUAAUCUUAGUACAUGGCAGUGGAUGAGCCAAGAAUAUGUCGCCUGAUCUUCUUUGAAACCUUUUUGCUGUGUACGAGUGCCACCAAUCGAUUUUGUAAGAAGACUCUGGCAUCUUUACAAGUAUUGACUCUUGUUUUUAUUUCGCAGUGUUGAAGUUUUUUUGUUUAGCCUUAGUUUUAUCAUAGUCCUUGCUGCUGAAGUGAUUACAACGCGAGCAUUACAAGCCUCAUUGAUCGAAAUCCGGUGCCGCUGUAUAUGGCAUCAUUAUAAAGGCAUGACAUGGAUAGCUUGUCUUCAGUAUGGUUUGUCUUCAGUGUGGAGUAAUAAAGCUUCCUUGAAUUUAAA